AUGGCGCCUGCAUGGCGAGGACUCCUCUUGGUUCUCCUCUCUUCCAUGUGUCAUGGGCUCAAUGGUCCAGUCCAUGGAGACUUCAUGGCCAUUGCUGGACCUUUGCAGAGCAACAACAAUGGUCAUCUUAAUGAAGUGGAGCCAGGGGGAGUAUUUAGGUGCAACAAAGACAUUUUAAAUGAAUUGAAAGACCAAAUUCCGACCCUGCAGAAGUAUGGCAUCACCCACUACAAGAUCCAGCUGGCUAUGAACUCUGUGACCUUCAAGGGCAAGGAUGAGGGACAACUGCAGUGUUACAGGUCCCUUCUCCAGGAACUGCAGGGAACCAGCAUUAAACCAAUUGUGAUCUUAUAUGACAGUGACCUCAACAGACUUUUUGAAGUUGGCACCCAGACUGGCACCAGCCCUGUUCAUGUCUAUGAAGAAUAUGCAAAAUUUGCAUUUCAUUCCUUUGGGGAUUUGGUCCAAACCUGGAUAACAUUUGAUGUUCCUGCAGAUGUAACAGAUUCACAAACCCUGCAGGUUCUGCUGGACGCCCAUCAGAGAGUGUAUGCGCUAUAUCACCAGAAGUACCCUGCUGGAGGUGGACGGAUAUCCAUUGCUCUGGGAAAGGCAGCGCUGAGCACGACUCCUCGAGUCCUGGAAACAGUUGAUUUUCUUGCAUUGAACAUAAGAUAUGACUGCCAUGAUGGGGAUCAGCUGCAAAAGUGGAUUGCAAAUCUGGACAUCAGGAAGGGUCUGGAGAUGUUGGUUUUCACCGUAGCCCUAAAGGACUGCGGCUCCACAGACGAGAAAUAUCUCCCCGCCUUUAAAAUGCUUAAAGCACUGGACAGCUCGGGUGCAGAUUUGAAAGGUUAUGACGUCAAUCAAUUUAUACUCCAGCCCCAAGAAAAUCAAAAAAGGUGGGAGUAUUCAGCAAGAACAUCUCGCUCAGCCUUUACCACCGUAUGGGAGAGAUUUGCCAGCCAGACACCAGCAGAGCGAGACGUCUUCUUGUAUGAAACCUUCCCCAAUGGUUUCCUCAUGGGCUCUUCCUCUGCAGCCUUCAAAGUAGAAGGAGGCUGGUCCGAGGGAGAUAAAGGACAAUCUAUAUGGGACGUUUUUGGACAACAUGGUCAAGCUGAUGACAAUGCAACCGCCAAUGUGGCCUGCGACAGCUACCACAAGAUUGACUAUGAUGUGUAUCUUCUGAAGGGCCUACAGUCCAAGGUCUAUCACUUCUCCAUCUCCUGGUCCAGAAUAUUCCCAACAGGACUGAAAUCCAAAGUCAACUCAGCAGGCGUGAAAUAUUACAACAGAUUAAUUGACCGGUUAAUCAAAGUAAAUAUCAAACCAAUGGUAACUUUGUAUCACUGGGAUCUACCCCAAGAUCUGCAGGAGUCUGGGGGCUGGCAGAAUGAAUCCACCAUCCAGGCUUUUAUGGAAUACGCAGAUUUCUGCUUCAGCAGUUUUGGAGAUAGAGUUAAACAUUGGAUAACGUUUCACGAACCUUGGGUCGUUAGUUACGCGGGUUAUGGCACCGGACAACAUGCCCCCGGGAUCAAAGAUCCAGGAAAUGCCUCCUUCAAGGUGUCACACAACAUUGUGAAAGCUCACGCUAAGGCCUGGCAUGUUUACAAUGACAAGUACCGGGCCUCGCAGCAAGGUCAGGUAGGAAUCUCUCUGAAUUCAGACUGGGCAGAACCAAAAGACCCAAAUAAUCCUAAUGACUUGAGCGCUGCAGAGCGAUAUCUCCAGUUCAUGCUUGGGUGGUUCGCACAUCCAAUUCUUGUCAAUGGGGACUACCCAGAGGUCCUGAAGACACAGGUCCAACACAUAAAUACCCAGUGCUCUACUACAUUGGCCAUGUUGCCCACAUUUUCUGAGGAAGAGAAAGCCUACAUCAAUGGCACUGCAGACUUCCUUGGCAUCUCCCACUAUACGUCCCGAAUGGUCAAUGCCUCUGAAAGCCCUAGCUGUGUAGCCAAUUAUGAUAACAUUGGAGGAUUUGCACCCCAUGUGGAUCCUUCAUGGCCGACCACCUCAUCUCCAUGGCUCUAUGUGGUGCCAUGGGGUCUCAGGAGGCUUCUGAACUAUGUCAAGGAAGAAUAUGUAAAAGGAGGACUACCCAUAUAUAUAACUGGGAAUGGUAUGCCAACACCCUACACUGGAGAGGUGUUCAAUGACACAGCUCGAGUGGAGUACUUGACGGCAUACAUCAAUGAAGCCGUGAAAGCUGUCAAGACCGAUAAUGUGCCUGUAAAUUCAUAUAUAGUCCGAUCCUUGCUGGACAGCUUUGAGGGACCACAGGGAUACCACCAAAGAUAUGGUUUACAUUAUGUUAAUUUUGUAGACGCAAACAGGCAAAGGACCCCCAAACAAUCAGCCUUUCUUCUCUCGAAUAUCAUCAAAAAUAACGGGUUUCCAAUAACAAAGCAAACUAAGAUAGGUUCUUCAAGCUUAAGAUGGUCAAAUUCGAGAAAGUUGCCCCCUCUUCCAGCAUCAAAAGUGCCUUCAUCUUCGAAGGUUGUAUGGGAAAAAUUUUCAGGGCAAACUGCUUUUGAAAGGGACAUGUACCAUUACGCAACAUUUCCCCAAGAUUUCAGAUGGGGCGUCUCGACCUCGGCUUAUCAGAUUGAAGGGGCAUGGAAUGAAGAUGGAAAAGGACUAAGUACUUGGGACACAUUCACACAUGCCGGAAAUAUUGUUGAUGGUUCGAAUGGGGACAUUGCCUGUGAUAGUUAUCACCAGUUGGAUGCAGACUUGUACAUGUUGAGAAGUCUAGGGGUGAACAGUUACCGCUUUUCCAUCUCGUGGCCUCGAAUCUUCCCAAAUGGACAAGGCACGGUCAAUACUAAGGGUGUGGAGUAUUAUAACAAGCUUAUUGAUGGCCUAUUGGCAAACAACAUCUUACCAAUGGUGACUCUUUACCACUUUGAUCUUCCUCAGGCUCUCCAAGACUUGGGUGGUUGGGAGAAUAAUACAGUCCUCGAGGCUUUUCACAACUACGCAGACUAUUGUUUUACAACAUUCGGAGAUAGGGUCAAGUUUUGGAUGACUUUCAACCAACCCCAAGCGAUCGUAACUGCUGGUUAUGGGACUGGUGUGUUCCCACCUGAAGUGAAGAAUGACCCUGGCUCAGCUCCAUACAGAGUAGCUCACAAUCUGCUCAAAAUCCAUGCCAAGGUUUAUCAUACGUACCAUGAGAAGUACAGAGCAAACCAAGGUGGCGUAAUCUCUAUAACUCUUAAUACAGAUUGGGUGGAACCCAAAGACCACACUGACUUACGGGACAUAGAAGCUGCUGACCGCUACCUACAGCUAACAUUGGGAUGGUUUGCACACCCCAUCUUCAAAAAUGGUGACUACCCAGAGGCGAUGAAAUGGCAGGUGGCCAAUAAGAGUGAGCUACAAGGCUUCCAAUCUUCUAGACUUCCAACUUUUACAGAUGAGGAGAAGGCCUACAUCCAAGGGACAGCAGACGUUUUCUCCAUAAACAUCUACGCCUCAAAAAUAGUUCAGCAUAAAACUCUUAGGCUCAGUCCACCAUCUUUUGAAACUGAUCUUGAUAUUGCAGAAGAGUAUCCUGCUAACUGGCCAACAUCAGCCAUUACACAGCACAGACCAGUAGCCUGGGGACUGAGGAGGCUGCUCAACUGGGUGAAGGAAGAGUAUGGAGAUAUCUCUAUAUACAUCACUGAAAAUGGUGUUUCAACAAAUAGUAACGAUGAUUUUGAUGAUACGAACCGAAUAUUUUACUAUAAAACCUAUAUCGAUGAGGCUUUGAAAGCUCACAGUCUAGAUGGGGUAAAUCUUAAAGGUUACACAGCCUGGGCCCUCAUGGACAACUUUGAAUGGAAUUUAGGAUACAGUGUACGUUUUGGUCUGCACCAUGUGGAUUUCACGAAUCCCACCCGUCCAAGGACCGCCAAACGAUCUGCCAUAUAUUACUCAGAGGUCAUAAGGAGCAAUGGUAUCCCAUUACAGAAAGAGGAUGAGUUUCUAUAUGGAGAGUUCCGUCCCAACUUUGCAUGGAGCGUGGCCUCUGCAGCUUAUCAGAUUGAAGGAGCAUGGAGGACGGAAGGGAAAGGCCUGAGCAUCUGGGACAAGUACACACAUUCAAUAGGUAGAAUCGCGAAUGAUGAAAACGGCGACGUGGCCUGUGACAGCUACCACCGAAUAGACCAGGAUGUGGCGCUUCUCAGAAACCUUGCAGUCACGCACUACCGCUUUUCUAUCUCAUGGCCCCGGGUCCUCCCCGACGGAACGCGAAGCUACGUGAACGAAGCCGGACUCAACUACUACAGCAAACUGAUUGACACUCUCUUGGCUGCUAAUAUCCAGCCUCAGGUGACGAUUUAUCACUGGGAUCUUCCUCAAUCCUUACAAGACGUUGGAGGAUGGGAAAACGAGACAAUAGUGGAAAGGUUUAAAGAUUACGCCGAUCUUCUGUUUGAUAGACUCGGGGACAGAGUCAAGUUCUGGAUCACUCUGAAUGAGCCGUACAUCAUUGCUAAUUUGGGGUACGGUUAUGGAACAGCAGCUCCAGGAGUUUAUAAUAGACCCGGGCGUGGACCUUAUGAAGUGGGACAUAAUCUCAUCAAGGCACACGCUGAGGCUUGGCACCUCUACAACGGUACCUACAGAGCGAAACAAGGUGGCGUCAUUUCCAUCACCAUUAACUCUGACUGGGCUGAACCAAGAAACCCGUACAAACAGGAAGAUAUAGAUGCAGCCCGGAGAUAUAUGAUGUUUUACGGAGGAUGGUUUGCAAAUCCAAUUUUCAACAAUGGAGAUUACAAUGAGAUCAUGAAGUCGAGGGUUUGGGAGAGGAGUCUUGCACAAGGACUACCAAAAUCUCGACUUCCUGAAUUCACAGAAGAGCAGAAGAAAAGAAUUAAAGGCACAUACGACUUUUUUGGCUUCAAUCAUUACACCACAACCUUGACCUCUCCCCUCAACUUCCGUCCGUCUGUAGAGUCCUAUGAUGCAGACAGGGGUGUAGCCUCGAUGGCUGACCGCACCUGGCUCGGAUCAGGCUCCAUUUGGCUGAAAGUGACUCCUUUUGGCUUCCGGAGGAUACUGAACUGGAUAAAAGAAGAGUUUAACAACCCUCCCAUCUACGUGACGGAGAACGGGAUUUCUGAGCGGGGGACGGAUCUGAGCGACGUCUGGAGGGAACAUUACUUCAAGCUCUACGUCAAUGAGGCGUUAAAAGCUGCCACGUAUGAUGGGGUGGAUCUUCGCGGUUACACAGCCUGGUGCCUCAUGGAUAAUUUUGAGUGGGCGGCAGGAUACGCCGAGCGGUUUGGUUUCUAUUACACCAAUUACACCGAUCCCAAUCUGACUCGCAUCCCAAAAGAGUCCUCCAAGUAUUACAGGCAACUCAUCCGGUGCAACGGAUUCCCGGACCCCAAAAACGUCUCUCAUCCCUGCCUCCAGCCGGAGCCUGAAGGGACAACCCCUCAGGCAGGAAUAACAUCUGAACCCGCUCCCACUGACAACUCUGAAAGUGUUUCCUUCCUGGGAAUGCAGAUCUCUACAUCGGACGCGAUGGUCGCUUUGUACGUGGAGUUCGCUCUUCUCCUCGCUGCCGUUCUAGGAAUCAUUUUAUUCUCAGUCCUGUACAGUAAACUGCGCAAGAAGUUAAAACUCGCAGAAUUGUUUUAG